CUGGGGGGGGGGGGGCAGACCCAGAGAGGGAAGGGAGAGGAAGCGGGUCCAGAGCGGCCCUCUGGGAGGACCCUGCGCCCAGGCUGGCAAUGGAGUGAAGGAAGAAGGGUCCGAAGAGGAGGGACAUUUGUGUUCUAGAUGUCGCCCCCAGGCCACUUCUGCUUCCUUUUCCUCCUCCUGGGCUGGGCCGUGCCUUCGAGGACCCAAGACUUAUCAGUGGAGACCCAUUUAGGUACAUCGAUGGCCCCACCAUUAAUGGAGAAGGACCAUUCAACCCCUGCUUCAAGCUCAGGCACAGCUCUAAGCCCAACCACCUCAGAGCACCAGCUGACUUCAGGGGAUCCUACCAAGUACAGCGCCGACACAGGCCAAACCCAGCCAGAGAAGAAGAUGGAAACUACUUCCGAGAUGCGUAACUUGGACCCUCCAACUGUGGGCAGCAGAACAAGAACUCCCAAGCCUUCAGCCUCUUCUGGGCACCAGGAGGCGGAGAAUCCCUUCCAAAGUGAUGAAUAUACCCUCCGGAAGAGAGGUUUACUGGCAGCUGCUGUUCUCUUCAUCACAGGCAUCGUGAUUCUCACCAGUGAUCGGUGCCGCCAGUUUCGUUGGUGCAGAAGGCAACAAAGAAGUGCCUACAGGGUGGCCCAAGCCUGAGGCCCCAGCUCUAAUGAAGAGAUACCAAUGGAGCCAUGAUGGCGGAAGGACCCCAAGGCUCUGGCCGACUCUGAAGCUCAUGGAGCUCUGGGAAGAAAGUCCCACUGCUCACCCCUUUUACCUGGUUUCUCACUGCCAUGACGAUGCCUUUUUCAAGAUGGCACCAGCUCCUGUUUCUAGGUCUCCCUGGUCUCUGUUGCCACUCCCCCCCAGAUCCCAAGUUUCUCAGCCAAAUUCUCAAUAAACAUUUGCGGGACAAAUGAA